CGAAUGAGCCCCUCCCGGACUUCAUUCAGAGAAUGCAGGACUAUACCGCCACACUCACCCAGGUCAAGGAACAGCAAGAGGCUGCCGCAGCCGAAAGACUACGGCUAGCAGAGGAAGCUGCAGCACAAACCCGGCAUCAAGCCGAGGCAGACCAGUUGGCGAUCGAUCAGCUCAACGCCAGCAGCGCUGAACUUGUAAGUGCUAACCAAGCACAAUGGACAGCGGUGCUCAACGGGAUGCAUUAUGUCCCAGUACCCGGCAGCGAGCCGACACCAGUACAGCAAGAGAGGCACGACCUGGCAGAUAUUCUACUCCAUACAAUGCGCGCCGUCAUUUGGAACAGCUCCAUGGGGGAGCUGCAUUCCCGGUCCACACUGCAGCUGCAGCACGAUCUGAGCCACAACGUGAAGAUACUUGCAGCAGCUGUCAAGGUCGCAGACAACCAGCUGAAACAGCUGGAUGCACGCAUUGCUACCUUGGAGGCAAGGCCUCCCCAAGCAGCGCCAGGCUGCACGCCAGAUAUGACAGACACGACGAAGCAGCUCAAUGGGCGCAUCGAUCAUGUCGUCAAUCUCAUCGGCGACAUAGGUGUUUUCAAUGGGCCGGACACGAUCAGUAGCACGGUGGCCGCCAUCAAGACGGACAUCACCAAGCUGCAGACGAAACCGGACGCCACUACAAAGAAUUACAAGAUGCCGCACUUCGACAUCAGCAAGUUCGACGACCACAACACGACGAACGCUUUGGCAUGGUGGCAACGUUUCCUCACGGAAGCAUCAUGUCGCACUGUCCCAAACGACUAUUUAAUGAAGGCGUUAUACUUACAGCUGAUUGGAGGAGCGCAGGCAUGGAUGAACCAUCUGGCGGCUACCCACACAUGCACCAUCGCCGAACUUCACACGCACAUCACGUGGAAGGAUUUUGAGAAGCUAUGGUUCACCCGGUUCAUGGUCCGCAACGUCGUGAAGGCGKCCAUGAACGAGGUGUGCACCUGCUCUCAAGGGAGUAUGCCAACUCGAGACUGGACAACCAAGUGGCAGAAGAUAGUGACCACGCCAGGCUUCGAUUUGAGCUUUCCAAAUCAACRGUCCGAGUUCUUCUCGCGAUCGUGCGCAGGAUUGCGGUCGGCACUCGGUAACGAGUACGACUAUACCUCGUUCCAGGCUAUCCUGGAUCGCGCAAACCUGGUCAUCCAAACGGACAACAAGGCCGCUAACGAGAAACAAUCCCAGCCGCAUUAUGUGGCCAAGCAGGGCUAUCAACGUCCGGCACAUAACAAUGYCGUGAUUUCUGAAGAAACAGACGAUCUCCACGCUGCAGCAGCAUCCUCGAGUGAUGGAGGACCUGUAGCAGCGCUCCCGCCGAAGCGUCCCAAGAGAGUUCGGAAGAACAAGGCGACACAAGAGACGACAUGGACGGGAACUGGGCAGCAGCCAUGGACGGCCUACAACAUCACCAAGGAACUGGUACCACCAUUAGACCAGCCAAGCCACGUGCAUUUAGCUAGCGUAGGCGCAGCCUGUACACCGUCGGCAAGUGAUCCGGUCUGUUCGCCACUGAUUUCCAAGGACUCGACGGCGUGGUCAAGACUUGAGGAGCUUGACCCGCUCACGAGAGAGGACUUCGCUUGGAUGCCUCUACCCUCGACCGGAACCUUGCCAAGGCCGCAUUGCAACGCCUUGAUGGGAGAUUUACGCUCCUAUUUGCACACUACAAUACCAGCUCCGUUGACGGACGACGGGGUAGCGGUUGUCGAUCUCCGCUCCUAUCUUGCGAAGAUUGACCGCGAGUACGCCACCCAAAGGUACGCCGAGACCGACGCUCCUUUGCUCUAUAUCCGCAUUCAAAUCGGAAAGGCAACCUGUAGUGCCUUGAUUGAUUGCGGAGCAUCUCGCAACUUUAUGAGCCAAGCCUUUAUGGCCCGCGCAGGUCUUGGCCCGCGCGUUCGAAGGAAGACGCAACCCAUGCAAGUUACACUCGCGGACGGCCGCACGCAAAAGUCGAUUGACCGAUGCGUUGACGGCGUUCCGGUAUACUUUGCGCCACUUGCGUGCGAGCCGGUGUCUUUUGACAUCCUCGACACCAAGUUCGACUUGAUUCUAGGCAUGUCUUGGUUGCGUAGCGCCGAUCAUCCGGUGAACUUUCAUGACCGAACCGUUCACAUCCGUGAUCGGAACGGAGUGUUAGUCCCAUGUACGGUCGCGACCCCUCACACUUCGAUUGCUUGUCACGUGGUUUCCGUUGCAAGAAUUGGCGAAGCCAUGGCUCAGAAUGACGUCGAGGAGAUGGGCCUUGUAUUCUUGCAUGCUCUCCCCUCGCCGGACGGACCAGCCACGUCACCGCCGGACCCACGCAUUUCUCACCUCUUGGACGAGUAUAGAGACGUCUACGAGGCUCCCACCGGAACGGUUCCGGAUCGGCCCAUACGUCACGGGAUCACUCUCGAGGCUGGGGCUGUCCCUCCGCGUGGAUGUAUCUACCGCAUGAGCGAAGAGGAACUCGAGGUGCUUCGCGCACAACUCGAUGACCUUCUCGACAAGGGCUGGAUUCACCCUAGUUGCUCGCCAUACGGUGCACCUGUUCUCUUCGUCCGGAAGAAGAACAAAGAUCUACGAUUAUGCAUCGACUAUCACAAACUUAACGCACAAACCGUAAAGAACGUCGGCCCUCUCCCUCGGAUUGAUGAUCUCCUUGAGCGGUUAGGCGGCGCGACGUACUUCUCAAAGUUGGACUUGAAGUCAGGCUACCACCAGAUUGAAAUCCAACCUCAAGAUCGAUACAAGACCGCGUUCAAGACGCGGUACGGGCAUUUUGAGUGGGUUGUCAUGCCCUUUGGCCUCACCAAUGCCCCCGCGACUUUCCAAGCAGCGAUGACGACUGAGUUUCGCGACUUGCUCGAUCGCAGCGUCCUCAUCUACCUUGAUGACAUCUUGGUUUACAAUAGGACGUUGGACGAGCACAUCGUACACCUUCACGUUGUUCUGGAUCGUUUGCGACUAGCCAAGUACAAAGCGAAUCUCGACAAGUGCGAAUUCGCCAAGCAAGAGCUUGAGUACUUGGGUCAUUUUGUCACGCCGAAAGGCAUUCGUCCCUUAGCGGACAAGAUCCAAGCCAUCGUGGAUUGGCCGGAACCCCGUUGCACAACGGAUUGUCACGAGGACGGUUGGCAUCCGGUCGAGUAUUUCUCCCAAAAGGUGCCUUUCAUAAACACUCUCGACGACGCUAGGAAGAAAGAGCUACUCGCGUUCGUCACCGUUCUCAAACGGUGGCGCCACUUUCUUCUCGGCCGUCGGCGUUUUAAAUGGAAUACGGACAACAAUCCGUUGACCUUUUACAAAACGCAGGAUACGGUCCCUAGUACGAUCGGUCGAUGGAUGUAUUACAUCGACCAGUUCGACUUUGACCCGUGCCACAUUCCCGGUCCCGCCAAUCGAGCUACGGACGCCCUCUCGCGACGGCACGACUUUUGUGCCAUUGUGACCACGACAUUCGAUCUCGAUGACGAUCUGCAGCCGCAUUUCAUCAAAGGCUACAAGUCUGAUCCGACUUACUCUACGCUUUACGCGAAGCUUUCAUCGGAUCACCCGCCUGCUAGCCACUAUCCGAUUUCCGACGGGUUCCUUCUCCUUCACACGAGAGGAAAGGACUUGCUAGUUGUUCCCCAAGAUCGCAUCUUACGGACUCGUCUUCUCGGCGAAUUCCACGACGCACGACUUUCGGCACACCUUGGAGUGAACCGCACAUUAGCACGCCUCCGCCAGCGUUUUCACAGUCCCGACGUCCUUCAUGACGUCACGAGGUACAUUGAGUCAUGUGCAGUUUGCCACCGUAACAAGGGUCGAUCUCGAGUCCCCUUCGGCGAACUGAAACCGUUGCCGAUCCCUCGGGCACCAUGCCUCUCCAUUGCUAUGGACGUGACAGGCCGGUUUCCCCGCGAUCGCCACGGCCAUGAUGGUAUUAUCACGGUCGUUGACCGUUUGAGCAAGUAUGCUCGCUUCCUUCCAUGCAAGUAUCAUGUUGCAGCGCCUGAGCUCCCACGACUCUUGCACACCGGUUGGAUUACCAACCAGGGUGUUCCGGAAGACAUAGUGAGCAACCGAGAUACUCGCUUCAUGUCGGCUUUUUGGACUUCCCUCAUGGCUGAGUCCGGUACGACAAUGAAGCCGAGCUCGGCUCGACACCUGCAGACGGAUGGCCAGACGGAGCGAGCGCACCAGACCACUCAGAUGAUGUUGCAUACGCUCAUCCGUCCCGACCAGAAAGAUUGGGUUGACCGGCUUCCCGACAUCGAGUUCGCCUAUAACACUUCGGUGCACCCGACGAUCUGUGUCACACCAUUCGAGUUACAUCAUGGUGGAGAGAAAGCACGGAUCUUCGCUGAUCUCCUUUUGCCACAGGCUGCUGACAUAGACAUCCCUUGCUCUCCCGCUUCCGUUCGGAAGUACCGGGACUUGCUGAUCAAAGCCCGCGCAAAUAUGCAAAAGGCUCAGUUCCGCAUGCAGCAGCAGGCUAACCGGCAUCGACUUCCAUGACCUUUUCGUGAGGGAGACCUUGUUUGGGUCCUCUCCGAGGAAUUUGCGCUCGAGC